AAUAUAAAUACAAAAUGUCGCAGUUACAAGCGCGAUUCUUCACGGAAAACAAAAAGUAUGUUGUAGAUGAUGUCCCAUUCUCCAUCCCUGCUGGCUCUGAGGUGAAGGACCUCAGCAAUGUCAUUAACAAACUACUGGGAGCUAAACAUGCAUCUCACACCACGGUGGAGUUUGACUUCCUUGUCAGGGGUCAGUUCCUGCGAACGUCCCUGUCCACUCACAUGGAGACAGAAGGCAUAUCCACGGAAGAUGUGGUGGAGAUAGAGUAUGUAGAGCGGAUCACAGCCCCAGAACCAGAGGAGUGUAUGAUGCAUGAUGACUGGAUAAGCUCCAUAGAUGCAGAUACUGAAUGGAUCCUAACUGGCUCAUAUGAUAAGACAGCCAAGAUUUGGUCUGUGGAGGGCAAGGCAGUGAUGACGGUAGCUGGACACUCAGAUGUGGUCAAAGAUGUGGCCUGGGUCAAAAGAGACGGUCUGACCUCUCUGCUUCUGACGGCCUCUCUCGACCAAACGGUCCUGCUGUGGGAGUGGAACUCGGAGAGGAACAAGGUGAAAGCCAGACACUGCUGCCGGGGGCAUACAGGAAGUGUUGACACUGUUGCAACGGACCCCACCGGCUCAAAGUUCUGCAGUGGCUCCUGGGACAAAAUGUUGAAGAUUUGGUCAGCUGUACCCACAGAGGAGGCAGACGAGGUUGAAGAGCCUGCCGACAGACCGAGGAAGAAGCAGAAGACUCAACAGCUGGGCCUGACCAGGACUCCUAUGAUGACGUUAUCCGGACACAGCGAGGCAGUGUCCUCUGUACUGUGGUGCGACAGUGAGGAGCUUUGCAGUGCGUCGUGGGACCACACCAUCCGUGUGUGGGAUGUGGAGACGGGAGGAAUGAAGACCACGCUGACGGGCACUAAAGUGUUUAACUGCAUAUCCUAUUCACCUCUGUGUCGACGGCUGGCGUCAGGUAGCAGCGACAGACACAUCCGACUGUGGGACCCUCGAACCCAAGACGGGUCGCUGGUGCUGCUGUCUCUGACCUCCCACACUGGCUGGGUCACCGCGGUGAAGUGGGCGCCGUCACAUGAACACCAGCUGAUCUCAGGUUCCCUUGACAACCUGGUCAAACUGUGGGACACCAGAAGCUGUAAGGCUCCUCUGUAUGACCUGGCAGCACAUGAGGACAAGGUGUUUAGUGUGGACUGGACAGAAAGUGGGCUGAUGUUGAGUGGAGGCGCAGAUAACAAACUGUACACCUACAGAUACUCAGCCUGUCAGACGGAUGCAGGGGCGUAGGCUUCAAGAGAUCCUCCAUUCAUCACCACAGACAGAACGGACAGACAUAAAUACGCAAUAUCAGUGUUUGAAUGUUGUACUGAACACAAUAUAUUUCAGUUUGUUCUUAGUUCUCAUGGUUACUUUUAACCCAACUCUAUUUUUUACACAUAUUUACUUGUGGAUUGUUUUUGUUUUCCUGCAUUGUAAGAAAACUAUAAAUUAAUUUUGUCUCCUAGAA